AUGACUGCUUGGCCGGCGACGCGCGCACUGCGCGCUCAUGCGCCCUCCCCCCGCCCUCCCUCAUGCUUCCUGUGCUCCCUCCGCCCGCCCCUCGCCGCCCCUCGCCUCCCUCCUGUGAGCACAGCAGGCGACACCGCGAGUCGACGUGGCAGGAAGGAGAUUCUGUUGAGACUAAAAGCAUGCGGGGUGCUUGCCCGUGCACACGGCGCAGCUGGAAGCUUCCACGAAGCACGGAUUGGGUGCAGCUGGCGAGGGUCCACGUGGCAGCUGAGGAGUGGGCGAGCAGCAGCGGGCAGGGGAGAUGGUCGUGGGAGAAUGGGUGGUGUGGGGCAGGCGCGAGCAAGCGUGGAUGAGCUAGCGGGCGUGCUUGUGUUGUCAGCCGUGCCCUUCGUGGCCGUCAAGGCGCUGGCCAACAGCGGGCUGGGCGGUCAACUCAGUCAGCGCCUGCAGCAGCGCCUGCCCGAGCUCCGCCGGGCCGCUGACCGGGUGGAGGCGCAACGGGAGGAGGCGCGGGAACAGAGUCCAUGGUACGGCCCUGCACGCCCGCGCUGGCUGGACCCGCUGCCCUUCACCUACCCGGCCUACCUGGACGGCCGAGUGGCGGGCGACUUUGCCUUCGACCCCGCUGGCCUUGCUCGUGACCCCGCUGCCUUCCAACGCUACUACAACCUGGAGAUCCUGCAUGCGCGGUGGGCCAUGCUGGGCGCGCUGGGAGUGGUGGUGCCGGAGGCGCUGCAGCGCUACAGCGACACGGCCUUCUUGGAGGCGGUGUGGUGGCGCGUGGGCGGCGCCAAGCUGGCGGGCGACGACCUGGACUACCUGGGCGUGCCGGGGCUGCACAUUGCAGGCGGGCAGGGCGUGGUCGUGAUUGCCAUCGCGCAGUUCCUGCUCAUGCUAGGACCAGAGUAUGCGCGUUACACAGGCAUAGCAGCGUUGGAGCCGCUGGGGGUGUUUCUGCCGGGCGACAUCAACCACCCGGGCGGGUGGCUGUUCGACCCGCUGGGGCUCGCCAACGAUGCAGAGCGGUUUGAAGACUUGAAGGUGGGGUGCUGUGUGCAUGGGUGUGCUGUGUGCAUGGGUGCUGUGUGCAUGGGUGCUGUGUGCAUGGGUGGUGUGUGCAUGGGUGUGCUGUGCGCAUGGGUGCUGUGUGCAUGGGUGCUGUGUGCAUGGGUGCUGUGUGCAUGGGUGCUGUGUGCAUGGGUGCCGUGUGCAUGGGUGGUGUGUGCAUGGGUGGUGUGUGCAUGGGUGGUGUGUGCAUGGGUGUGCUGUGCGCAUGGGUGUGCUGUGCGCAUGGGUGCUGUGCGCAUGGGUGCUGUGUGCAUGGGUGCUGUGUGCAUGGGUGUGCUGUGUGCAUGGGUGCUGUGUGCAUGGGUGUGCUGUGCGCAUGGGUGUGCUGUGCGCAUGGGUGCUGUGCGCAUGGGUGCUGUGCGCAUGGGUGCUGUGUGCAUGGGUGUUGUGUGCAUGGGUGUGCUGUGUGCAUGGGUGCUGUGUGCAUGGGUGCUAUCCACUUCUCUCGACACUCAGCCUUCUGGUCCGUCUACUCAGCCUACUGAUCCUUCGGCCUCGAGUUCGGAGGCGCAAUGGCAGGAGGAGGAUAGAACUCAUGUCGUUUUCAAGCAUUUCAAGGUUCCCAUCCGUCCCGGCACACUCGCUGCUGUCCGCGUUUGCAAGUAUUGCAAGUAUUGCACCAUCGAGUUCAAAGGUGGUGCGUUUCGAUGCGCUCAGCAUCUCGCGAAAUGGAAGGGACAGAGAUCUCGCGACGUCCGCCUGUGCGCUAAGGUUCCGCCCGACGUGCGAGCGGCGGUGCAUUACGAGAAGAAGGCAGCCAACCGCGACGAAAAAAGGCGGGCCGAGGAUGCUGCGCUCGAUGCUGUCGUGGGAGGUGCGAAGAAAGGCCGCAUCACCGAUUUCAUUGGCGACGACGCGCAAUGCAAGAAGGGCGAGGCGGACAACUUCGUCUGUAGUUCUUCGCCAGCUGUCGCAUUCCCGAACACCACGCCGACAACCCGUUGUGGCGCAACAUGCCCUUUGCAUGGACGGGGGCUCCAACUACGGGGCCGCCUGCAGGAGCUGAUGGCGGAUUGGCCGCACAUUGAGUACGUGCCGUGCGCUACGCACGUGCUUGACCUCUUGAUGGAGGACGUGGGCAAAAUCACAUGGUGCAAGGACAUUGUGGAUCGGUGCGGGGGCAUGAUCACCUACGUCCGGAACCACCAUUUCACCCACAAUUACCUGAGGAGUAAGGCGGUGAAGGGAGGAAAAGGGAAGCAGCUUGUGAAGCCGGCGGGGACCAGGUUCGGCACCAACUACAUCGCCCUCUCAAGGCUCGUCCAGUUGCGGUCCACACUGUCGCAGUUGGUGCUGAGCGAGGAGUUUGCCAACUGGUCGGCGGGGGCUAGGAAGCUGACGGCGGAUACGUUCCGCGGCCACGUCAUGGACGACACAUGGUGGAAGAACGCUACCUACCUGGUGGAGCUCUUGACGAUUUCAUUCAAGCUGACCGAGGACAUGAACGACAAGCUGGAAGCGGGGGAGAAGAUUUUGCCGCGGGCGAUUGCGGAUGACAUUGGGAAGAUUGUUAGGCGCCGUUGGGACGAGAGCCUUGCUUGCGCUCUUCACGUCGUGGGGCGGAUCCUGAACCCGGCAAAUCAGGAUGAGGGUAUUUUCCGCAACGACCUGGAAUGUACCUGCAUCUUCAAGGCGUUCAUCGCACGUCACUACGACGGCGAGACGUUCACCAACAAGGUUGGUGAGGAGAGGCGGGCCUCUCUUGUUUUGCAGGAGGGGCUCACGGCCUUCCUCACCCUCGAAGGAUCGUUCGGCCUCCCUGAGGCGAUUGCCGACAGGGAGGCCGUGAAGGCAGGCAAGCACUCGAUGGUGCAGUGGUGGGGAUGGCACGGGACUGACCACCCCCACCUGGCCAGCCUUGCGUGCCGUGCCCUGACACAGCCGGUGUCGGCCUUGCCGUGUGAGCGCGGGUGGGCAUCGUGGGAGUCGGUGCACACUGCCCGCCGCAACAAGCUAGGCUCGGAGAAGCUCCGAGACCUAGUUUAUGUGACCCACAACUGGCAUGUGGUCCACAAGUACCACAAGCGGGGUGAGUCAUCGGCGGUGCUUCCAGGCAACACCCCUGAACCCGCUCUGCCGGAGGGAUACAACAAGGAGGAGGACGGGGAGGAGGAGGAGGAGGGGGAGGAGGAUGAAGCCAUGCUGGCCGAUUAUGUGAAGGCGCAACACGCCCACGCAUCCCUGCUCCAUCACUGCCUCUGCUGCUCCAUCACUGCCUCUGCUGCUCCCCCCUCUCUUGCUGCUCUCCCCACUCAGGUGCGGGAGAUCAAGAACGGGCGGCUGGCAAUGAUGGCGUGGGUGGGCUUUGCCGCCCAGGCGGUGGUGACGGGGCAGGGUGUGUUGGACGACUGGGAGGCCUUCCUGGCUGACCCCCUGCGCAACAACGCCCUCACCUUCGCCCUGCACUAG